AUGCUGUCUGUCUGUCGCUCCAAACCAAGGCAGCUCAUCGGUCUACUAAGCCCUGUACGGAAUCUGACGCACACAACUCGUUCAUUCCCUUCAUCGGACCAAGACGAUGGUCCAGAUCGGUUCAUGCAUCCGAACAGGAGAAGGAAGGAAGGAAAGGCAGCAUACAAGGCAGCGAGGCAGACGAUCAAGAAAAUGGCUCGUGCAGAAAGGGGGGAGGUUCCAAAGAGAAAGAGUAGGGGCCUAGACGAGCUGGAAGAGACCCGCAGGUCUGUCAUUGGAGCCAUCCCUGUCGGAACAAACUUUCAAUCCGAAAGGAGCGUCGCUUUCAAUGUGUACGAACUUCGUUCAGAGGAUCUGAAUAAGGACGGAGACGACUUUGAGUUGGCCCCCGAGCUACGAGUUGAGCCUGGUAGUUUUGUAGAAAUUCGCCGCAAUGGAAUGGCAAAAUGGGGGGUCGUGCUUGGUGAUGAGAACUCUAUUGUCGAGUGGCGAGGCAUUGAAUCAUCCCCUCGCGAUGUUCAAUUCUCCGUGGCGAGGUUGAUAGAGCCUGGACUCGCCCAACAGGCAGGAAUGGGGACCUUUGCGAACGAAGCAAACCGCGGCGAAACUCAGGCUCGUAUCUCGAUAGGGAAAACGUUAAGGAAUUUGAACCGACGUAUUGAAACAGCCGAACGCUUGGUACAGAGUGCUGCUCAACGGCUUUACGAACAUGCAAAGCAUCCGGACGGAAGAACUUGGUCCAGCAUAACUCUCGCGGAUGGUGUUGCUUUCAUUGCUGGAGAUGAAGCUCCGACCCUCGAACUCACUUACGCUGUCCAUCGCCAUUUUAUGGACGAUAGUCUUCAUUACAUCGCAGACACCUUCGAUCAUAGGCUUUCAAAUACUUUCUCCGUUCGCCCGGCUCAGGAAAUAAAAACCAUACGACGGGUUGUAGAUUGGGUUCGAAGUAAUAAUCCCGUGCUCGAUGAAUUUGCCACCAAGGCACGAGCAAUUAUCGAGGCGACUGCGGCAAUCAGGAAGAAUAGUGUGGGUGAGAGCCCUGCUCGAGUAGAGCCUCAGGAGCCUCUUCCUAUCCUAAACAAAGCCGAUCAUGAUAUAAUCAAUUUUGUGCGGUACUACCUGCGCCAACGACGUGAACUCCAGAUGAACCCAUGCUCGCUUAGCUUGCCGAUAAUCCUAACCAAAGUCUCGUCUUCGUAUAUGCCGCUUGUCCCUCAUGCGGUAUUCCGAUUCCUCGAGGAUCUGUCCCUUUUCCCACCUUGGUCAAAUCAUGUAACUCAGGAUGUCGAUCUUCAGAUGUACGAGUUUACUGAUACCCUCGAUACCCCACUUCCCGGUUCAGAACAGGCCCAAGCUAUUCCUCCGGUAUCAGUCAAUGAUACCCGGAUAAGUGCGUCCAAGACCAUCGAUGGGCUUGACAACAUGCGCCACGACUUCGGCGACCUUUCUGUAUAUGUGAUCGACGAUAGCUCUGCGGAAGAGCUCGAUGAUGGUAUAUCUAUUGAACGAACACUUGAUGGCACAGACAAUGUGUGGCUUCAUGUGCAUAUUGCCGACCCGACGUCCGUACUUCAGCCCAAUGAUCCUCUGGCUCUUGAUGCCGCUCGCCGAACUGCAACCGCGUACUUUCCUGAAGCAACCUACCCUAUGCUUCCCCCAACCGAGCAAAGUCUUGACGCAUUAGUUGGGAAAGAUGGGGCUUCCAUGAAUGUCCUUACGUUUAGCCUGCUCGUCAGCCCUUCGGGUGACAUCCUCAAUCACUCGGUGCGCCCGUCUGUGGUUCGAAAGGUCCACGUACUACGUUAUGACGACGUUACUCGAGGACUAGGUUCGUCCCCCAUCGAGCCUCUUUGGCCGUUUGGAAAACCGAAAGUUCAGCCUCCUGGCAAAGAGCCUACCCCUAUUCCUUCAGAGACGAUCCCUGACCUCCAGCUCUUGCACAAAGUCACCUUAAAUCUGGCCAAAACACGCGUAUCAAAAACGGACUCGGUGCUCUGGAGCCAGCCUAGGGCCCUAAUGCUAAUGGAAAAAACCAAAAUAUUGACUGGUCGGGACCCACGCGAGAUGCCACGCAUGUAUCAAGGAUUCCCGCACAUAGAUUACUCCGUUCAACCGGGUACAUUGGAAGACCCCCAGCAUGCACUCGACGUUAGUAGAGCGAUGGUGGCCGAAUGCAUGAUUUCUGCGGGCCGGGUAGCAUCCUUGUUUGCCCAAGAACAUGGAAUUCCGAUGAUCUAUCGCUCUUUGGCUCGGCCAGGAGGCGUCGCAGUUGACAAGUACCAGCCCCUUUUGGCAAAACGCGAUCCAUAUCAAGGGACCGUGCUCUAUCGAGAUGCAAUUGUCCAGCAACUGCCCCAGGUUACCACCCAACCGAUGACUACUCCAGGGGUGCAUUGGCAACUUGGAAUAUCCGCCCAGGAAGGGUAUGUCCGUGCUACAUCUCCCUUGAGGCGAUAUCUGGAUAUGGUUUGUCACUGGCAAAUUAAGGCCGCUCUCCACCCCAAGUCUGCGGGUGUUAAACCGCCGUUCUCGAUCGAUGAACUCAAAACAUUAAUGAUGAAACAACAUCUUCAUGAACACGCACGUCGCCGUGCAGGAAAUGGUGCACUCCGACUCUGGGCCAUGCGAUAUAUUCAAAACAAGAUGACGAAUGGAGGUCAUGAAGUGCUCCGCUCAUUGGAGGCUGUUAUUACCGGGCGACCUAUGAACUUUGCGAGCAGCCUUACGUUCGUUCACCCAGUCAUGAUCACCAGCCUAGGCCUUCCAGCUGCCUUGACCGGUAUGAAUAUGGACAACCCUCCACCCGUCGGUAGCACUCUUAAAGUCGAAAUAUCCAACUUUGAGAUCAGUUAUACUCCUCGAUUGACAGUCCGACAAAGACGCUCUUGA